AUGGUGUUUUUCAGUUUUAACGAGAUCAAGAAGAAGGAGACUCUGAUUGGACUUGUGUUGGGACAGAUCCUCUCCCUCCUCUCUACUUCCAUUGGCUUCACAACCUCUGAGCUCGUCAGAAAAGUGGUAAAGGCAUUUCAGAACACAUCAAUGACAAGUGUCAUGUUACUGGACUGCUGGGCGAUCCCGUGCGUUUUGGUGUUGACUUGGGUUUUUCUAAAGACAAGAUACAGUUUGAUGAAGAUCAGUGGUGUGGUUGUAUGUAUUCUUGGUGUUGUCAUGGUCGUUUUUUCAGACGUACAUGUAGGGGAUCGAUCUGGAGGAAGAGAUCCUGUAAAAGGAGAUUUUCUUGUGAUAGCUGCAGCAACCUUGUAUGCUAUCAGUAAUACCAGUGAGAGGUUGUUCCUUGACUUGAUCCAUAGAAGCAUAUUUGAACGUGAUGCGCUCACUGCUAUUCACUGGUCUACUUGGGCUACCAAUGGUACAGCAAUGUUCACUCUCUCACUACUCACAUCAGACAUGUGGGCGGUUCUGAUCCGCAUUUUCGCUUACCAUGAGAAGGUUGAUUGGCUCUAUUAUUUGGCAUUUGCUACUACAGCUAUUGGACUGAUCAUAUAUUCAGUGUACAGUCUUUUCUCCAUCUUUCUUCAACUCCAUUAUAUGUUCUUCACUUCAGAGAUCAGUAUUCUUAACCCCUUGUGUUCCCUUUACGUGAUUGUAGAAGUAGAGUGCACUAGAAUGUCUGGUUCAGCAUCUGAGACCGUGGGAGAAAAUGAAGAUGAAAAACUAGAGUUUUGCAUCAUCCAAAUGACAUGA